AUGGCGAAAAACAAAAAGUUGGACGACGACGUCACCGUUAUCGUAGAUAAACCAGAUGAUGUAAAACUGAAGCGAUCUAUCGGUAUUGUAACCAGUAUCACCAUCAUAGUAGGAUCAAUGAUUGGUUCAGGAAUAUUUGUCAGUCCUACUGGUAUUUUGCUGAAUGUUAGAAGUAUAGGAGCUAGUCUAAUUAUAUGGGUUGCAUGUGGGAUCUUCAGUAUGCUUGGAGCGUACUGUUAUGCAGAGCUUGGCACAAUAAUAGAACGAUCCGGAGGGGACUAUAUUUAUGUGUAUGAAGCAUUUGGAUCAUUUAUUGGAUUUUUGCGUUUAUGGGUGGAAGUAAUGGUUGUAAGACCUGUAGCAAUCGCUAUUGUGGCUUUAACAUUUGGGGAAUAUGUUGUUGUACCUUUGUAUCCAGACUGUCCACUGCCAUUUACAUUGAUCAGGAUUUUGGCAGUUUUAUGUAUUACAUUUUUAAGCUUCGCCAAUUCGUUUUCAAUCAAAUUUUCAACCAGAAUUCAAGAUAUAUUUACACUUGCGAAACUUGCCGCUCUUAUAAUGAUCAUAGUAACUGGAUUUGUACAGAUUGGAUUUGGUCGUUAUGAAGAGCUGAAAGAACCUUUUGUCGAUUCAGACUGGAGUCCUGGUAAAGUAGCCAAUGCAUUUUACAGUGGUUUAUUUGCUUAUUCUGGCUGGAAUUACUUAAAUUGUAUGAUUGAAGAAAUGAAGAACCCCAGGAAACAUUUGCCCAUAGCAAUAGUGGUAUCAUGCUUACUAGUGACUCUAGUUUACACAGCUGCUAAUGUAGCCUAUGUGACAGUCGUACCAGUUGCAGAGAUUUUGACUACAAGAGCUGUGGCUGUGACAUUUGCUAAUAGAAUAUACGGAAUGUUUUGGUGGAUUAUGCCAAUAUUUGUUGCUUGUUCAACGUUUGGUGGUGCCAAUGGAACUAUAUUAACUACAUCGAGAAUAUUUGUUGUCGCUAGUCAGCUUAAACAAAUGCCAGCGUUUAUCAGUUACUUGCACACGGAUCGAUUAACACCUAUUCCGGCUGUUCUGUUCACUUGUAUCGUAUCAAUAAUUUACUUGCUUGCUGGAGAUAUUUUCACACUUAUGAAUUAUAUGGGUUUUGUUCAAUGGUUGGCAAUUGGUCUUUGUGUUUUGAUUGUAGUAAUUUUUCGAUUUACUCGUCGUAAUAUUCGACGUCCAGUUAAGGCUCCUAUAAUAUUUGCCAUUAUCUACUUAGUAGUUACUGCAUCUCUCCUAAUUUUCUCUUUUUAUGGCUCACCUCGAGAAUCAUUAUAUGGUAUUUUGAUCAUUUUAACCGGUAUACCGGUUUAUAUACUCGGUUGUGCGUGGAGUCCUAAACCGAAAUCAUUUCAGGAAAAAAUGAUAAACAUCACGAUUGGAUUACAAAAACUUUUCCGUAUUGUACCAUCCAGUUGAAGAUAAAAGAUGAAGCAUAGGAUUAUUGUGUAUUGUUGUUAAACAGUCAUUUUGUUGUGCUACACUAGCACUUAUUGUAUAAAGUCACCGUAUGCAAAAAGAUCAUGUAGCCUAUUCAUCCAUCUAGAGCUUUCUGAUUUUGAUUAAAUGCGAUAAACGUUGAUUUCCGAUGUUCGGUUGCUUCUUUUCAAUUGCAAUACUUUUUGUACAUUUUGUCUAAUUUAUGAUUGAAUUUUCUUUCUGAUCAUUCUAUUCACUUUAUUUUUUUCAUUUGAAUUUUUAUAUUUUCGAGAUUAUUUUCCUAAACUUUUCUUGUGACUCGACGGAUUACGUGUAAUGGAGAGUUUCGGGCAUUGCUAAUUGACUACACAACUUACUUGCUUACUUACGCAUGUUACUCCCAAUGGAGCACAUAGGCUGCCGACCACAAUAUACUACACAAAGUUUAAAUGAUUUGAUUCUAUAUCUCUUUGUAUUUUUCAUGAUAAUUGAGUAAACGAAAUAUAUAUAUGUAAAUUGUAUGCAAACCAUUGGUUUUCUUUAUUAAAUCUAUGAUGAUUUGUAUGAUAUUUGUAAUGUAAUGUCUGUGUUAUACUGUCCAUGUUAUAUUUCCAUUCAAAUGUAGUUGUGAUAAAACACACUAUCUUAAGCUAUUACUAUUAUUACUAUUAUUAGUGUAAUCAGCUGUAAUUGUAAUAUGGCUCUAUUGAAUGUUGGAGUAGUCGACUAGGAGUUGUGUUAUGUUCAGUGUUUGGUGCAAACAGUUACUUAGCUGAUGAACUUGUGAAGAGGUGUCAUUCAAAUUGACCUAGAUGACUAAAGAGAUAGAAAACGAAAAUUGAUUCAAU